AUUAAACGGCUGGAUAUAUUUUACUCUUUCCAGAUUUAGCCUUCUUGUCCCCUUCAGCUACGAAAUUGGAGCAGAGGAGUGGCGGAGGACGAAGUCGACGGCGACAAUGGUUAACGAAACGGUGCGGUGGUGUGCUUUGUUGUAGUCGUCUCCGAUCAUCAUCGAGAAUGCGCAAUCUGGCUGCACCUCAUUCCUUGGGGGUUUUCAUCUUUCGCCCCAAUAAGCCUCCUUUUCUCACUCUCCCCUCACUCUCUCGAAGAUCUCUCCCUUCCAUCCAGUGCGGUGCAGUUCAAUUCCGCCCCUGCAUCGAUAUCCACAAAGGGAAAGUGAAGCAAAUUGUAGGGUCCACCCUUCAAGACUUGAAAGGCUCCGAUCCCGUCACCAAUUUUGAGUCUGAUAAGUCAGCUGCUGAAUACGCCACGCUUUACAAGCAAGAUGGACUCACUGGUGGUCACGUCAUCAUGCUUGGUGCGGAUCCUUUGAGCAAAGCUGCUGCCCUUCAAGCAUUGCACGCUUAUCCCGGCGGUCUGCAAGUCGGAGGGGGAAUAAAUUCUGACAAUUGUUUGAGUUACAUUGAGGAAGGAGCAAGCCAUGUCAUUGUCACUUCUUAUGUAUUCAAUAAUGGACAAAUGGAUAUUGGAAGGCUAAAAGAUCUUGUUCAAAUUGUUGGAAAAGAGAGACUUGUGUUGGAUCUCAGUUGCAGAAAAAAGGAUGGUAAAUAUGCAAUUGUCACUGAUAGAUGGCAGAAGUUCAGUGAUGUGUUUGUUGAUCCUGAUGUAAUGGAAUUUCUUGCCAACUUUGCUGAUGAGUUUCUGGUUCAUGGUGUUGAUGUUGAAGGGAAGAAGUUGGGAAUUGAUGAAGAGCUUGUGGCUUUGCUUGGCAAAUAUUCAACGAUUCCUGUUACUUAUGCUGGUGGUGUGACUGAAAUGGCUGAUCUAGAGAGGAUAAGAACGGCUGGAAUGGAGAGUGUGAAUGUUACUAUGGGCAGUGCCUUGGAUAUUUUUGGGGGAAACCUGGCUUACGAAGAUGUUGUAGCUUGGCAUGCCCAGCAAAAUGCCUUUGUAGUUUAAUUAGUAUGUUUUCUUUAGUUGGGGGGACUGGUAAGCAAAGAUUUGUUUUUAGUGUUUCUCUAGGUAUGUAACCAUGUAUCAAGUGAUUUUUCUAUCAUUUUUUUCUUAUAAUUCUAGCAUUUACCCUCAUCGUUAACUUUUGUGAUUCUGACAAGAUUAUUAUCUACCACUAGUAACCCAAAAGCAACCCUUUUAAUGGUCUUAUUUUAAAAGCAAUCGUCUUGUUUA